AUGAAACAAGAAUAUGCCAUUCAGUGGCUAGAAGAAUACGCAAUUCAAUUGCUAGAGGAAUAUCCGAAAUUGCGAGAAUUCAUGCCAACUUUGGAUCGUCCAUUUUUCAAUAUUUCACUAUGGGAUCAUUUCAACUGUGUGGCUACGAAAGUAACUGCAGGAAGAUUCAUCCCAAAUGAAUUCGAAUUUGUCGAAGGCGAGUUGCCUUUGAGUACUCUACCAAGCGUUGUUGCCGCAAUUGUCACAUACUAUGUCGUAAUCUUUGGGGGCAGAGCGGUGCUCAAGGGAAGCAAGCCAUUGAAAUUAAACUUUUUUUUCCAAUUGCAUAACAUCUUCCUCACCACUGCCUCAUUGUUAUUACUGGUACUCAUGAUCGAACAAUUGAUCCCAAUGAUUUCCCGCAAUGGAUUAUACUAUGCUAUUUGCAAUAUCGGCGCUUGGACUCAACCAAUGGUCACAUUGUACUACUUGAACUACUUGAUAAAGUUUGUUGAGUUCGUGGACACCCUCUUUCUGGUACUAAAGCACAAAAAUCUGACCUUCCUGCACACGUACCAUCACGGUGCCACCGCAUUGUUAUGCUACACGCAACUGGUAGGCACGACUGCAAUCUCCUGGGUUGUGAUUGGCCUAAACCUCGGGGUUCAUGUUGUGAUGUAUUUCUAUUACUUUCUAGCUGCUAGGGGCAUCAGAGUGUGGUGGAAGGAGUGGGUUACGAGGUUUCAGAUCAUUCAGUUCAUCUUGGAUAUUGGAUUUAUCUAUUUUGCCGUAUACCAGAAGGUCGCUCAUCUUUUCUUCCCAUCUUUCCCACACUGUGGUGACUGUGUUGGUUCUACUCCAGCCACCUUAUCCGGUUUUGCCAUCAUCUCAUCAUACUUGAUUCUGUUCAUCUCUUUUUACAUCGAGGUCUACAGGAACAAGGGUACGAAAAAGAGCAGAGUCAUCAAGCGUGCUCGUGGUGGCGUCGCCGCUAAGGUCAACGAAUACGUUAACGUCGACCUGAAAAACGUUUCCACUCCAUCUCCCUCUCCUGUGAGAAGGAGAAAGAUCUAG